AUGUCGCUGUCGCAACGCGUCACGUCGAUAGAAGAGCAUGAGCCAUGGAGCAGAGAGGCGAGCCCCGACUCGCGCCAUCGCAAGAUGAGCUUCAAUCCCGUCGGAACCUGGACUGAGCAGACGGGCGAAGAGCCAACCAUCGGCGCCUUUGAGGUGCCCCAGUGGAAACGACUGCUCCAGGUCUUCUUCGCCGUCAUCUACUGUCUCUUCGCGGCUGGCGUCGUCUUUGGCUAUGCCGCCAUCAAGCCCGUGCUGCUCGAUGAGGGCGUCUACAGAGACUAUUGCACAGACGACGAGCUCGAGAGUAAUGUACAUGUCUGCUACGAGCAGGAGCUCAGGCUCAACCUCAUGUUCACCAUCGCUGCCGUGUCCACCAAUGUCGUCGCCCUGCCUGUUGGUACCAUUCUCGAUCGAUAUGGGCCACGCGUGUGCGGCAUAAUCGGCGCCAUAUCCAUUGCAACUGGCGCCUUGCUCUUUGCCUUUGCCGCGCAGCUCCCCUUUGACGCCUACAUUCCCGGUUACCUGUUUCUGGCCCUGGGCGGCCCCUUUACCUUUAUCUCGUCGUUCCAGCUCAGCAACACGUUUCCGCAGUACUCGGGACUUAUCCUCGCCCUGCUUACCGGAGCUUUCGACACGUCGAGCGCCAUCUUCUUGAUGUACCGCCUGCUGUACCAGGGCAGCAACGGCCACUUUUCCAUCAAAAAGUUCUUCCUCAUCUACCUCGCUGUCCCGGCCUUUAUCCUUGUCGUCCAGGUUCUGUUCAUGCCUGCGGUUUCGUACAAGACUGUCGGAGAACUCGUCACCACGGUAGAAGAAGAGCACGUUAUCCACGACUCAGACGACGAAAUCGAAGACGCAGCAACCGUGCGCAGCAUUCAAGACGCCCGCCGCGCCCAUCGCGAUAGCAUCGUGAGUGAGAUUACGUCGCUGCUGGGUACCAAGAACGGCGUCGACCAAGCCAAGGCAGAAGAGAAGAAGAAGAACAUUUCCGGUGUCUGGGGCGCGCUCCAUGGUCGCACUGCCAGCGAGCAGAUCCGCACGCCGUGGUUCAUUCUCAUCACGCUGUUUACCGUGCUGCAGAUGACGCGCAUCAACUACUUUGUCGCCACCAUCCGCACCCAGUACACGUACCUGUUCCACGACUACACCAAAGCCGUCGAAAUGAACAACUUCUUCGACGUAGCCCUCCCCGUCGGCGGUGUCCUAUCCGUGCCGUUUAUCGGACUCCUCCUCGACAACACCAGCACCACCUUUACCCUCGCUCUCCUCGUCACCAUCGCAACCACCAUCGGCAUCCUGGGCAUCGUCCCAGAGACAUGGGCCGCCUACUCCAACAUCAUCCUCUUCGUCCUCUACCGCCCACUCUACUACACCGCCGUCUCCGACUACUCAGCCAAAGUCUUUGGCUUCGCCACCUUCGGCAAAGUCUAUGGCCUCAUCAUUUGUCUCGCGGGCCUCCUCAACUUUUCUCAAUCCGCCCUCGACGCCGCAACCCACAAGCUCUUCCGCAACAACCCCGUCCCCGUCAACGUCAUCCUGCUCAGUCUAACUCUCCUCGUUGGCCUGUGCCUCGUCGCCUACGUUGCGCGCAAGAGCAAUAGCAUCCACCGUGAGAAUAUCGAGGACGAGGCCGAGACUGCUACCGAGUCACUCAUGCCGGACACCAGUGUGAUUAAUGGCUAUGGCUCCAUGAACGGACAGGGACAUGGGCUGGCGAAUGGAUAUGCGAGUGGCGAGGCGAGUCCGGUUGAGGAGAAUAGGGGGAGACGCAUGUGAAGUUUUGCUUCAUGGCUAGUUUAUUCCUCAUUCUAUUCUGUUCCAUCUUUUUUUUGGUUUUAUUUCUGUAUCCUCGUUUAUCAUUCCCAUCAUUUCCAAAAGUCUUGCUUACUCUUUCCUCUCUUUCUCCCCUUUCUGUUCUCAAAAAAAACGUCAGCAUGGCGAGGCGUUUGGGUGUGUUCAUAACCAUCUUUCUCUUUUUCUUUCAUCGUUUUUUUUUGGAUGCGAUUCUCAGUCAUCUACCC